AAAUAUUGAAAUGGAUAAAAACAUAAUAAAUAUUUUAUUAAGUGAUUUAAGUAACACAACACAACCAGAAUAUAACGUAGUUAAUACACUUCGAGAUAGUGACUCUGACGAUGAUGUAGAAUUGGUGUAUUCGAUAUUACAUAAAAAAAAAAGAAAACGUGUGUGUAUAAAAAAUUAUAUACAAGAUGUUGUUUACAAAUAUGACGACAAGGAAUUCAAAACUCAUUUCCGCAUUUCGCGGAGUCUUUUUAAUUCUUUGGCUAUAAAAUUUCAAAAUAUUACCGACUUUAUUGCACUGCGAGUAAGUGAGCUGAACAUUUCUUCAGAAGCUCACGUUGCUGUUUUUUUAUGGUUUGCUAGUCACGAAGCAUGUUGUUUUAGAGAUUUAUCAGAUCGCUUUAAUCUCUCUUUAUCAUCAGUAAACCGAGUUAUAAGAAGGAUGAUAACUUUCUUUAGCAACAUGUGUCCGGAUAUAAUUGCAUGGCCUAGCACAUCAAAAAAGCUUAUGCAAUUUUUCAAAAGUUAUAGAUGGCACUCCUAUAACUAUUGAUCCUCCUGGAGAUCGUAAGGACGACUACUUACGGAAAAGGAAAGGACAGAAAAGGAAAUAUUUCAUUAUGCUUGCAAGCCAUCUGUGAUGAAAACAGAUAAUUUAUUAGCAUAUUUAUCGGACAUCCAGGCUCCUGUCAUGACAGUUGGGUCUUACAAAACUCUCCUAUUUAUAUGCAACUACCAUCGAAGUGUGGAGGUAAGUUCUUUGGAAAAAGAAAUGAGAUUUAUUAAAACCUCUUACGUUUACAGAAUACUAUCUACUGGCUGAUUCCGCAUACCCCUGUACACAACACAUCAUUACGCCAUAUAAAGACAACGGGCGUCUUACUCGUCCACAAAAGAAUUUCAAUAGAAAAUUGGGGUCAGGUCGAAUACUAAUAGAAAAUGCAUUUGGUAUAUUAAAACAACGUUUUAGACAGCUGUAUAAUUUUUUAUAAUAAAUUUAUA